CAGUUGCCAAAUUCCAGGGGAACUAACUCUAGUGCAGAGGGCGUAGGUUAAUAUAACAAAAAUGAUAAUAUUCCGUUGUAAUCAUGGCACAGUUCGGUAAAGACAUAGACAAUGUGACAGCCAAUAGUUCAAUCAAAAUUACUGAUACAGAGAUCACAGAAACUUUUACGGUCUAUGUGAUAGAAGUAACUAUAGGGCCAUAUUCAUGGAAGGUGAAACAUAGAUAUAGUGACUUUUACUUCUUACAUGAAAAGCUUUGUUCAUCAUGUAAACUAGACAAGAACUUGUUACCUCCAAAGAAACUAUUUGGUAACCAGUCUGAGAGUUUUAUAAAGAAACGCCAAAAUGAUCUUGAGAUAUACCUACAGACAGUACUACAUUUUGUGGCACAGAAAAUGCCUAACUGCUUUGCUUCAUUCUUGGAAUUUGAUCAAUAUGAAAUUCAUGGUAUCACUCAGGGCAUGGCAGAGGAGCUUUAUGAGAAAGGUGAUAUGAUAUUACAAAUGAGGGAAAUUUACAAAACCACACCUCUCCAUCUCUAUGCACUCACAGAAAGAUUAAAACUCCCUGAACCUACAUGUGAAAGUGGUGAUGUGAAAAGAGAUCUAGGACAUAUAUUGGACUUCAUAACAAGAUUAAAAUGUAUACAGAUCUGUGGAGGAAAGAAGGUUGGUAACAGUAAUAUUGAUAUGAAUCAUCUACAGUUUGAUCUAACACUGUUCAAAUCUCUACAAAAAAUAGAGUUACAGUCAGUUAAUAUAGCAUUGAUAGGAGGGUUAGAGACAGUAAAACAAACCUUACAGACACUAACAGUAAACAAAUCUGUGUCAUCUAUAAAGGAAGUGUUACUACAAGAUUUACCACAAUGGAAGUCGGAUGACGGUACUUUAUUGGUAUCAUAUUGGGAUGGUAUAACACACAUAGACUUUAGUAAUAAUUCUAUCACAGAAAUAGACGAUGCUAUGCAACUCAUGCCAAAGGUGAUAAGGUUAGAUCUCAGUCAUAACAAGAUUACAGAAAUCAAGCACCUACAGUGGUUGAGUCACAUGACUUACCUUGACAUGUCAUAUAAUGAUAUUGAAGAGCUGGAAGCUCUGCAUUCCAAACUCGGCAACCUGAAAACCCUCAAUCUGGCCGGAAACAGAUUACAUUCCUUACAAGGGUUAUCUAAACUUUUCUCUCUGGAGCAUCUAGAUCUCAGCUAUAAUCAAGUUGCAUCAGUAGAUGAUAUUAGGCCAAUUGAUAGACUACCAUGUGUAGAACAGCUGUUAUUGAUUGGUAACCCAGUAACUAUCACCCUUGACUACAGAACUAAAACACUGUCAUUGUUUGGUGACAGAGUUAGUGAGAUAUGUUUAGAUAAAGAAGUGACAUCCGAGAAAGAAUUGGACACUGUUAAAGUAUUGCAAGCCAUACAGAAAUCCAAGGAUAAAGCUAAAGAAAUCAAUAUUAAAAAGGCAGCAAGUGGGGCCUCCCUAUCUGACCUGUCACACACACCAAGUUCUAGCAGUCUAGGUGGCUACCACGGCAACACACAAUCAUCAGGUAAUAAAGUAAGCGAGACAGCUCCCCUCCUACAGAAAUAUAGCUUAUAUGUCCGUACGUCUAACACAGGUCGAGGGUCAUUGAAUACAAACACUGUAAAAUCAUUGCACAUUAGUUCUCCACAUGGAUUGUCAACAUCUCCACAUGUUAAUCCAUCAUCACAGUUCAACAAGUCACCAGUGAGAUCUGUAGAUUUAAACAUUGGAAGUCAGAAAAUUAAAAGAAUCUCACGAUCUCGACCAUCAUCAUUAUCAAGCAACUCUUCAUCAUCUGUAACCUUUGUAAAUAUUAUGUCAUUACCUGAUCAUAGAAACUCUGAUUUCCUCUCGUGGCUUCAUACGAGACUUUUUGGUCAAGGAGCUAGUUCCGACGAUACUGUAGAAGAAAUUAGGAAUGUUUUCUGGUGUUUGGUUGUACAAUACAGUAAUCCUGGCUCUCAGUUGCCGUGUUGUGUCGUUCUUACCGAGAGGCGCGUGUUCAUUCUUCAGUUACGGGACGAGGACUCGCCUAUCAAGGGUGUUCCUGCAAUGGAGACUUUUUACAUCCUACCAUUGUGCAAUAUUCAACAGGUGGUGACAGGGUUAUGUUACAGUUAUAUUAGAGUAGAGGAAUCAUUUGUUGGUCCGUCUGGUACAUUUGCUCUCAUUCCUGCUGAUCCCGAUGUUGGAAAAGUUUUUUUUGAUGAGCUAAAAUCUUGUGCCGAGACUUCAUCGGAUAAUACGGAACUAGAUGUGAUUAACAGUGUACACGACUGUGAUAUUUCAAAACAGAUUUUGUUGUCAGAAAAAUCAUGUUUUAAAAUAUUUAAGUCUUGGUGUAUUUUCUGGCCAAAACCAACAUUCGACCUGAAUGAAAUUGAAUCAGUCGGGAAGUUUGAGAUAUUGCAACAGUUUAGCGUGGAAGCAAAAAUUAGUGAAAUAAACAAGUAUAAACAUAGCGAGGUUUCACAUUCUGGUGAAAAUGAUAAAAAUAAACUGGAGUUUAUCAGUUCUAACAUAAAAUUUCAAGAAUAUGGUCUGUCAAUGGUCUUUCAUGAGACUCUUGGAUCACAUAAGUUUGAUUUUCAGUUUCUUUCAACAAAAGUGAGAGACUCAUUUCUUGACAGAUUGACAAGUUUAAGAUCAGAACAUGCACACAGAAUGUCUCCAACGUUACGCCAGGAACCUGAAGGUGGGAAUGAAUCAUCAGAUGGUUCUGAAGACAAAGAUAUUGUUAAAGACUUGGACAUAGAGGGAAAUAUCUAUCUGCAGACAGAAGUUAACCUGGAUGAAAGUGGCUCAGAGGAUGAUGAAGAUAAACAACCAAUACAACCUCUUGGUAAAAGAAAACUGCGAUCAAAAACAGAAAUUGUUUUAAUUAAAAACACAGACAACACGCCAGAUGGGGAAAGAGAUUUACCAAGUUAUACAUUACAUUACCUUACUCCAGAGUUGGUCUUGCAUCUAGAAGCUUGUGUGAAAAGGUAUACUCUGUUCCAGCCACUUUCUGUCAAACUUCAAGCAUUGUGUGAAAUGGAUGGUCAGACACUUGCCAAGUUUUUCCACAUGAAUAUAGUUCCUGUUGGCCACGAUGGAGUUGAGCUACAUCAUAUAAUAUGGACCAAUGUCAUUCCAUACACAAAUCCAAAAGAUGAAAUAGUGACAUGUGUUAUGUUGAGUAACAGGGCAGUAUACUUUGUGUCUGACAGACCUGUGAAACUGCAGCAGACAUCUGGGCGGCCAUCUUGGAUGACUCAUGCAAGACAUGUGUCAGACUCUGUGAUUGGUCUUCAAGCAAGGAAAGCAGACAAGCAUCACAGCUCUGGAAUUCUUCAUUUGUCAGAAAGCACUGAUGCCAUUGUAAAACCAUACAGUGUUCUAGACUUUGCCGAUAUUAAACAGAUAAAUGUUGGCUUGUUUGACCAGUGUUUGAGAUUGACUGGAGACAAGAAAGAAACUGUAUUUACACUUAUAACACGUAACUCAGAAACAACCAGUUUGUUUAUGAAGAAUCUAUCCACGAUGUUGUCAUUAUACAUCGCUUCACCCAUGCUGGAAUCAAGCUCGAGUGACCUUGAACAGGACUUUUACAAAGCUUUUGAUAAAAGGACAAAAACAACAGUGGAAGGGAUUGAGUAUAUACAUCCAAGUAGAGUAAAAUUCUGUUACCCUGGUGAUGAAUCUGUAUCUGACCUACUUUUCUUGAUAAAUGAGCACCUGAAAUCAGCCUCCAUUAAAGUUGGUAAGGAAAAUAUCCUUCAUUACAUAGCAGGCUUCAAAACACAGUCUCACAUCAAAGAAGUCAAUUCAGUGCUGCUUGAACCAAUCAGCAUCAUUUUAACAAAUAAAUGUCUGUGUUUUGUUACAGAAGAUCUGGUUAGCUAUCCACUACCUGACUUUGUUAGAGGGCUACCCAGCAUGCCUCGCCAGCACGUUACUGAUGUUAAAAAGAUUGAAUAUUUAAAAUGUGUCAAAUUGAAUAGUUCUGAACAAAGGGACAUCACUCUGGUUUUCUCCGAUGAAAAAGAGGAUAUCAUUCUUAUACAGGACCAUUACAGUCUUAAAGACACCAGGGGGCGCAAUAUAGCACCGGAAAUUGAAGUACGGUUGUUCAUUCAAAAUGAGCGAGAAAUGCAAAAAUUUCUCAUGCUGAUAAAAAGUCAGUGGAAGGAAGUAAACUCUGGCCAGGAGCAUGAACUGCCAGUUCAUACUUUUUGAAAUGUGUUGUAAAAAAACAAAACAAAGGAAAACUGUAACAAAUUGUGAUAUUUUCAAAAAAUAUGAAUUCAGUAUAAGAUGUACUCAGCAUGAAUUGCGUGUACUAUAAUUUUAUACUAUUUGAAAAAGAUUUUUAGUGUUCAUAAAAAUGAAAAUAUGAUUUUCAUAGAUUAAAAUUAUGUUGAGUGACAUUAUAUGAAGUUGUAGAUUAUUUACACAUAUACAUAACUUUAUAUUUAAGAUGUUAAUUGUAGAUUAUCUAUUAUACUUAAUUAUGAUACCAUGUACUUUCAGAAUUAUUCAAGAACUGUUAUAAAUAGAUUAAUGUUAUAGCUAUGAGCAUUUUAUUGAUUUUUAAUUUAUUUUACCCAACUUUUAUUUCUAUGAUUUUCAAGCUUGUACUGGUUAUAUGUAGGUAAAGGUGUAAAUUCAUGUUGUGUGUUUAGUGAACAGUGACGUUUUUCAUCAGAUUGUCACAUAAGGUGUGUCAGUUACUACAUCAAUACUAAGCAUAAUAGGUCAACUAUAGGGGUCACAUACUUCUAAAUAUCAAAAGUUUUCAUUGCUAAUAUACAUGUAUAAUUGUCUUUAUCAUACUGGUCGGGACCAUCAACCGGACACUCUUUGAACAGUUUUCCAUGCAAAUUUCUUAAUUUUAAAGCUAGAGAUCUAAAACUUUGACCAAAAAAAGCUAGGUUCUUCUCCUAAGGAGGGUAUAAAAAUUACCUAAAUUGUCCACACUACAGUACCAUGUGCCCGGACAGAUAUUACAUGGCGUUGAUUUAAUUCAGAUAAAAGCUAGGGCGUUUGAAUUUUUUAUUUUUAAUAUGAUAUACACUAUUUCAGCAGCAAAUGCUGAAGUUUUGGAUAUUUUAUUGUUUACACUACAAAUGAUUAUAGCUAGUAUGUGAGGUCAGGUAUUGCACUCUUGACGUCCAAAUUUUCAAAGGCAACAUUCUUGAUAUGGACAAUAAAAUUGUACCAUUUACAUAAGUUGAAAUAAAUUUAAUAACUUAAUUAUAGAAGAAACAUGCAUUUAAUGUUGAUAAAAAGGCUGCUGACUGAUUGACAACCACUGAACAAAGAAAAAAAAACAAAUCAGGCAUUUUCCAGGCCGGGUUUGAUGGUUGUCAGGUUUUGGUGGUCCCCAACCAGGAGGUAAAUAACUUGUAAAAAACCUUAUUUUUAUAUUUAUAAAAUGUAUAAGUCAAAAAUAUUCUCUCUUGUUUGAUUGUUAUACUUAACACAGAUAGUCCCUAGAUUUAAACACUUAUGAACAAUAUCUAAAAAAACUCUUUUUUAGCCUGUCUGUUUUGAAGAAAAAAUUUGAACUCUGAUGAUUGCUGCAACAUUGUCGGUGGUGCUGUCAUCGUCAUGCAAAAACUAAUGUAGACCAUUAUUCAAACAUUUUAGGUAAUCAUGCUUACCAUGACAAGAUGCAGUUGUUAGAAUAAUUCUGAAAGCUAUUUUUUGGAGUUAUGUCUCUUUGUUACAGAUGAGCUUCAAAACCGCAUGCUAUGUUCUAGUUUAUUAUGACAAUAAUAUUGAAAGAUUAUGUUCAUUAGAUUUGUGGAUAUUUAGAUUUAUUACCUGAUACCCUGUAUAAAUGCCAUUUGGUAUUUUUUACUGUUUUCUGAUAUUCCUAAAAUGCCCACGAACUGUUGACCGGUCAAAAUUUUGACUGAUUCCCUCGCAUGCUCUGACAUCAUAGAUGAUUCCCCCUUGGAGCGUCAUAAACCAGACGUGACGAGACAUAGUUAAAGAUUGUUAAAUUCGGAAAGUUUAAUUAUUAACAUAUUUGAAAAACUAUUUUCUUAUUCCUUUUUUCUUCUGCAAUUACAGUUAAAACAGUAAUUGAUCAGGUAAUAAAACAGUUAUUUCAUAUAUGAUUUGGGAUCAGUCAACCAGUUGUCCCUCUGUGUCGGGAAAAUGUUUUGAACUGUUGCCCUCGGCCUAAGGACUUGGGCAGAAGUUGAAAACACUAUCCCCUCCACCAUGGGCCACAGUUUGACUGUUCCCAAAUCACAUAUGAAAUAACUAUAUAAUGAAUUAUCUCCUUAGUCCAAGUAUCUUUAUAAAAUUAUACACUUAACUAUAAUUCAUGCAGAGUAUUGGAUACAGGUUUUGUAAAUUCGCAAGAGUUUAUAUAGACUACUGGGGUAAAUGAUCAUAUUUCCACAUAUGUCACCAGUACUGGGGUAGUUUCAGUAUGCAGACUGAAAAGAGUGGUUCAAGAAACUUUUUACAUGCUUAAAUAUAUAAUGCUGUAAAUAAAGAAACAAAUGCUUACUGGCAGUAAAGCUUUUUUUAUUAUAAUGCAGUGUAGUAUAUCUAGCUUUUUACUGUGUCCAUUUUCAUUACAGUAAUUGGCAUGAAUACACUCAGAGGCAUUUAUAAACCGACUCUUACAUUUUUCGAUAAGAAUUGGUCAUUUGUUGAAGGAUUUUGAUCUAAUUUGGUCCAUGCAAAAUUCAACAUAUUGUUCUUACAACUUGGAAUUUUAUUAACAAUUCAUUGUCAUGAAAAUAGAAAAAUUAACAAAACAAAUAGGCUACUAUAACAUGAAAAAUCACAGAAUGGCAGUAAAAAAAUCGAUACAAGAAGAACAGUCUCUGAAUAGCACUUAAUCUGUAUGGUAAUUUGUUCUCAUACUUGUUUUGUUAUUUUUUCUUCUUCUUUUUUUUUAACAAUGAAUAAUAAAUAAAAUUCUUAGAAGUAAGUAUGACAUAUUAAAUUUGGUAUGGUCCAAAUUUGAACAAAUCCGUCAACAAAUGACCAAUUGAUACCGAAAAAUGUCAGUGCCAGGUUGUUAGUGCCUCUGAGUGUACAUGCAUUUUGAUAAUUUUCCUUGUUUAUUUAUAGCAAUAUGUAAUGAAUUAUUGGACAUACAAGUUCUAAUACUCUACUGAUAUGAAUUUACAGUUAACUAUCUCUUACCAUAGAUAUUUUAAACUCGUCUUUCAGGUACAGACUGUUCAUUGCCUGAACUUUUAUAAUUUAAAGAAUUAUUGGCCAGUUGCACUUUCUUUUUGUUGAUUUUUUUUAAUUAUUUUUUUCUUGCUGUUUAAAGUUGAGAAAUGGGUUGAAUCUAUUUGCUCUACACUAUUUUCAUUUUCGGCUUGAUUUGAAAGACCAAGAAAUAAAAAGGUACUCCUUUUAGACCUUUUUACAAUAUUAUAAGGGGCAGAUCGAUGUAACAUUAUUAGAGAUACAUAAUAUCAGUUUAAAAAAAAAAUGUUGAAUAGGAGAAAAUUGAAAACUCUCUUCUUAGCGACAACCAAAUCUUCUCAUCUUAUGAGAUCAAGAUAUAUGCUGUCUGACCAUGGUCUGCACUGUUUGUUAUUCAGUCAAUGCUUAUUUUGAUAUUUUCCCUUUAAAUGAUUAACAGUUUAGUCCAGAUUGAAAGAACAAGUUCAAUUAAGGUAUAAAAGCAUUGUGUUAAUAAAAUGUUGACAAAAUAUAAAAUUAAUAGGUCACCAUUUGGCAACUUAAAACUUUUUUGAUUUUAUGAUUGGUGACAUGUCUGGGGUCCUCUCAGUGCUUGAAAGUGUGGAUAGACCCUUAUUAGACUUAGAACACACACAAUGUUGAUAAACAGCUAACGUAACCAGGGUAAAACUAAAUAGAUAAGGACUUAACUAUGACUGUAUGCUAUGCAUGUUUCUUUUAUAUUUGUAUAUUUUUGUAUUUUUUAUAUGUAAAAUCCAGUAUAAUGAAGAUAUUGUGAACAAGGUUGAAAAUGAUAUUUUAAAAUCAUGAUAUGAAUUAUGCCAGUUUAACUCUGUUACUUUUUAGCUCGACUAUUCGAAGAAUAUGAGAGCUAUUGUAGUCGCCCCGGCGUCCGCGUCGGCGUCUGCGUUGGUUAAAGUUUUUUGUAAAGUCAAAUAUCUCAAUCAUUACUUGAGAUAUUCACUUGAAACUUACAAUACUUAUUUAUAGUAACAAGGUACAUCAUAUUGACAAGUUGGAUAACUCUGCCUACAAUAUUGACAGAAUUAUGCCCCUUUUUAACUUAGA